AUGAACUGGGUGCGCGACUGUGGGACUAAGUGCAAGAAACGUCGAAGACAAAAUGGCAGUCAAGACACUUGUGCUUAUGCAGUACUGAUUUGCGACCACAUUAUACAGACAGAUCUCAGUCUUGGCGAAAAAAAAAGUGAGUCUCACCUUAAUUAG